AUGGACCGACCAAGUGACGAUGAUGAAGAUGCGGAGUUGGACCUCGACCUCCUGGCGAUCAACGAGGACGACGUGCGUCAAACCGUCUACAAUCAGACUGGCAAGCGCAAGAGUGAAGCAAGACCCGGCAUGUCACGGUCAGCUCGCCCUCGAACUGGGUUGGAACAAGCAAGUGCGCCGGAACACGUCUCCAACCGUCACCAGAAACGACGAUCAAGUGCUCCAGAAACGAUGUCUGAUGACGAAGAAGAUGCAAGCGUGUACGAUCAAGAUGACGACUCGACGCCUCCAACAUUUUGGCGUGCAAGUGCAAACGCAGUGGAAGCAACGGACCUAGCAGAACCUGUGACUUUUCAAGACGCGAUCAAUGGUCCUGAUCAAACUCACUGGCGAAAUGCUGUGAAGGUGGAACUCAAGUCGAUGCAUCUUCGUGGAGUUUUCCGUGCGGCAAAACUGCCAAGAGGCCAAGGCGCGAUCGGCACCAAGUGGGUGUUCAAGAUCAAGCGCAAAGCGGAUGGAUCGGUCGAGAAAUACAAGGCGCGUAUCGUUGUCAAGGGCUUCAAGCAGAAGUACGGCAUCGACUACACAGAGACGUUCUCGCCCGUGGUCAAGUACGUGACACUGCGUAUGGUGAUCGCGAUCACCAAGUAUUUCGACUGGCCACUGGACCAACUCGAUGUGGUGACAGCCUUUCUCUACGGAGUGAUGAAGGAGAAGGUGUACUGCGUGAUACCAGAAGGCGUCGAGAUGGAUGGCGACUUCGACUGUCUCGAGUUGGUGAAGGCGAUCUACGGUCUCAAGCAAGCUUCACGUGUGUGGAACGAGACUUUCGACGAGUUCGUAUGCUUUAUCGGUUUCGAAGCGUCGGCGUUCGACCCAUGUCUCUACAUCAAGGUUGUCGACGGUCACUGUGUGCUCGUGCUGGUCUACGUGGAUGACGUGUUGGUCACCGGCAGCUCGCUCGAGUUGAUUGCGCAGACGAAGGCCGACCUCAAGACGCGUUUCGAGAUGACCGACAGUGGCAAGUGUACUUUUGUACUGGGCAUCGAACUGGUGGACGAAUCGGAUGGCAGCGUGACAAUGUGCCAGCGACGGUAUGUCAACGACAUCCUCAAGCGCUUCGGCAUGGAUGAGUGCAAGGCCACAGCAAGUCCGGUCGACUUGAGCACUCGGCUUGUCGCAAGCACCGAAGCGGCCAAGAUCGACGUUCCGUUUCGUGAAGCUGUGUGA